UCUUUCUCUUUCUCUUACCGACUAGUCUACUCUUGGCCCUGCCUGAGGAGCCUGCUGCAGCCUUGGCUUUCACGUCGCCGAAGCGAGCCGAAGAAGGGGGGGCUGCCACGGACACAGUUUGCUAAUUUUUUCUUUUUGUUUUGUUUACCAGUAAGUGAAGGUGUUUUUUAGUUAGCGCCGUGCGCAAUGUUGAGGCUGAUCUUCUUGGCCGCCCUCGCUGGGUUCACCCGGGCCAGUGAUGUGCUGGACUACACGGAUGAUGAUUUCGAAAGCAAGAUUGGAAACCAUGAACUCAUUCUUGUGGAAUUUUUCGCUCCUUGGUGUGGCCAUUGUAAGCGGCUAGCACCUGAGUACGAGGCAGCUGCCACACGUCUGAAAGGCAUCGUCUCUCUGGCCAAGGUUGACUGCACAGCCAAUGGCAACACAUGCAGCAAAUAUGGUGUCAGUGGUUACCCAACCCUGAAGAUCUUCAGGGAUGGAGAGGAAACCGGUCCCUAUGAUGGUCCCAGGACUGCAGAUGGGAUUGUCAGCUUCCUCAAGAAGCAGGCUGGUCCAGCUUCUGUGGAGCUCAAGGCUGAUGCAGAAUUGCAGAAGUUUAUUUCAGACCAAGACGCAAGUGUUGUUGGGUUCUUUGCUGAUGACAAGAGCACAUCACAGGCAGAGUUUCUGAAGGCAGCCAGCGCCUUGAGGGACAACUAUCGCUUCGCCCACACAAACUCUGAGGCUCUCCUCCAGAGCCACGGCAUUGAUGGAGAGGGAGUCGUCUUGUUCCGCCCACCACGCCUUAACAACAAAUUUGAAGAUGGCUCCGUCAAAUUCACAGAGGACAAAUUCACCAGCAGCAAAAUCAAGAGGUUCAUCCAGGACAACAUCUUUGGCAUCUGCCCCCACAUGACAGACGACAACAAAGACCAGCUGAGGGGGAAGGACCUGAUGGUGGCUUAUUAUGAUGUUGAUUAUGACAAAAACCCCAAGGGCUCCAACUACUGGAGGAACAGGGUGAUGAAGGUGGCAAAGGGCUUCCUGGAUCAGGGCAAGAAGCUGAACUUUGCUGUGGCCAACAAGAACAUGUUCAGCCACGACGUGUCUGAGUUCGGCCUGGAUGGAGGCUCAGGAGAGUUGCCUCUGGUGGCCAUCCGCACUGCCAAGGGAGACAAAUAUGUCAUGAGUGAGGAGUUCUCUCGUGAUGGAAAAGCUCUGGAGCGUUUCCUGCAGAGCUACUUUGAUGGCAGUUUGAAGCGCUACCUUAAAUCAGAGCCCAUCCCAGAGAACAACGAUGGUCCUGUCAAGGUUAUUGUGGCUGAGAACUUCGACUCCAUCGUCAACGACGAUAGCAAAGACGUGCUGAUCGAGUUUUAUGCUCCGUGGUGUGGACACUGCAAGAACCUGGAGCCCAAAUACAAAGAGCUGGGAGAGAAGUUGGCCGAUGACCCCAACGUUGUCAUUGCAAAGAUGGACGCCACAGCCAACGAUGUGCCAUCUCCAUAUGAAGUCAGCGGAUUCCCCACAAUCUACUUUUCCCCAGCUGGACGUAAGAUGAACCCAAAGAAAUAUGAGGGAGGUCGUGAGGUGAGCGACUUCCUCUCCUACCUGAAGAGGGAGGCCUCCAACCCCUUGGUGAUGCAGGAUGAGCCCAAGAAGAAGAAGAAGAAGAAGGACGACGACAAGAUAGAGCUAUAAAAAGCUCCAAACGAGAACUCAGCACCCACACACACACACACCCCCCCCCACCA